AUGCCGUAUGUUGAAAUAGUAGCCGGUAUUGAAAAGGGGAUUCGAUUCAAGGAGAAUGCAGACGAGAUUCGCGGGGAGGUUGCGUCGGCAAUUACGAAUCAUAUCAAUUAUGUCCGACAACCCAGACACGGGAAGUUGGAGUGGAUUGAGAAGGAUAGAGCUGCAAGCAGGCGUUUCUUGGAGGAAAACCCGAAUCUGCUCAUAACAAAAGCAGAUAAGGGCAACAAGACCGUCAUUAUUGAAGCAGAAGAAUUUCACGCUAAAAUGAUGGAACUGCUCAACGAUGAAGACACAUACCGGAAACUACGAGCUGACCCUUCCAAUAGGAUUAUGAGGAAGAUAAAUGCGACGGUUGACGGAUGGUUGGAUCAGAAAUGCAUAGAGAAGAGCGAACACCGGAAAAUGAAAAUUUCGAGCUGUAACCCUCCCAGAAUCUAUGGCCUUCCGAAGUUGCACAAGGAGGGCAGACCGUUGAGGCCAGUAGUUUCGACGAUCGGAUCCGCUACCUACCAGAUGGCCCAAUAUCUGGCAGGAGUCCUGGAAAAUGUUGUUGGAAAAACAGAACACCACGUCAAAAACAGUUUUGAGUUUGCACAACAGAUAACAGGAAUGCAGAUCCCCGAGGAGCACAUGCUGUUUUCAUUGGAUGCGAAAUCGCUGUAUACCAAUGUCCCGGUGCCGUACGCGGUGGAGUGUAUCGAGGCAAGGUGGAGCGAGGUAGCAAGGUAUACGAAGAUUGAUAAGCGAAGUUUUUUGGAUGCAACAAGAUUAGUGUUAGACUCUACGUUUUUCAACUAUCGAGGAGUUACCUACACACAAACCUUCGGGGUACCGAUGGGAUCACCGCUGUCUCCGGUUAUAGCGAACAUCGUUAUGGAGCGUUUGGAACAGGAGAGCAUACAGAUGGUGAGUGCAGAGCAACUCGAUAUGGUGAUAUACAGGCGGUAUGUGGAUGACUGUUUUUGCGUUGCACGGAGGGAACACGUUGAUCGAAUCUUGGAGAUUUUCAAUGACUUCCAUGAUAGGCUGCAGUUCACUGUGGAGAAAGAGGAACAAGAGCAAAUCAAGUUUCUUGAUAUCAUGGUAACGAGAAAAGAAGGAAUCCUUGAGAAAACGUGGCUACCAAAACAGACGAAGGGACGGUAUCUCGAUUUCAUUUCGGGAAGUCCGUACUCCCACAAACGCAAUACUGCGAUUGCCUUGGUGGAUAGGGCUAUCAAGUUGACUGAUGCACAGCACCGCCCUUCGGCCAUCAGUACGGUGAAGGAAAUGCUGAAGUGUAACAAUUACCCUAACUGGUUCAUUCAGAAUGUCUUGAAACAGAGGGUACACAAGCACUACAACGAACUGCAGAACGACAAGGAGGUGGACGAAACGAAGUACAUUCCCACGCCAUAUGUCCCAUGCCUGAGUGAAAAGUUGCAAGGAACAGGGCAUAACAUUGGCGGUGAAAGCAAAAUCGAAAUUGAAAAAUGA